AUGCAAGGGGUACGAAUUACGAUUCUAUGGUGUAUCGUGCUCGCAACGAUUUAUGCCGAAGAAGGACCUUCCACGCCACGAGAUGAUGAUCCUGUGAUCCAAAAAGUGCGUGGGUUACGCAAUGCUGGUAUGAAAGCAAACGAUGAACGAAUGUUUAAAGAUGCGAUUGAGAAACUUCGCCAUGCGAUCUCCUUGCUUCAUAAUCGUGUCUUUGGAGAAGAACGCGCAGCGAUUAAAGAUCCAACAGUUAUAUCACAAGAUGCAGCAUUGUAUGCUCAGAUUCUUAAUGAUUAUGGCUCGGUAUUAAUUCGUACGAAACAAUACGAUGAAGCUAUUGAAGUGCUUGAAGAUUCAGUGGCAAUGAUUGAAAAGAUUUAUGGAGAUAGUCAUCCAUCAUUAGGUCUCUCUCUUCGUAGUUUGGCUGACGCAUAUAUGGAAAAGAAAGCUUUUAAAUCGGCGAUCAAACGCUAUAAGACAUUGCGAAAACAUGUGAAAAAAGGAUUGGGCAUGACACAUGAAGCGUAUAUCGAGGCAUCGUUGAAGAUCGCAGAAGGAUACAAGAAGUUGAACAAGAAAGAUACAAGUCGAAAGGUACUGAAAGAUACUUUGAAAGCACAAGGUGGUGAAAUUAAUGGCUUAACAAUUGGCAUUGCUGAGCUUUACAUGGAACUUUCGUCAGCACAUGUGGAAGUUGGAGAGAUUGACGAUGCAUUACGAGCUGCUGAAACUGCGUCUGCGAUUUUCUUACAACGAGAAGGAAAAGACACGAUGGCGUAUGCUUUUAGUUUAAACGCAUUGGCUGGAGUGAAGAUGCAACAGAAGAAGGUGGAUGAAGCGAUUGAUUUACUUGAUCGUGCGCAUAAUAUUGCUGUCUCGAUUUAUGGAGAGAAUGAUCGGAUUACAUUAGCGAGUGCUAAGACACUGCAAGAUGUGAAAGACCACAAAAUGAAUCUGCUGGCUGCAAAGGAUGAAUUGUAG